GUUCAUUAACGUUGGCGUCAGCUUCGCCAUGAUCUUCCGGUCAACGAUGUAAACUUGUCAAAAUGACGUUUUCUUCUUUUUUCUAAAAAACACUUGGCUGAAUUAAAAAAGCGAUAAUGGCUGGAUCAGCACUGAAACGUCUUAUGGCAGAAUAUAAACAACUUACACUGAACCCACCAGAAGGAAUAAUAGCUGGACCAGCAAAUGAGGAGAACUUUUUUGAAUGGGAAGCUCUAAUUAUGGGUCCAGAAGGUACUUGCUUUGAAGGUGGUGUAUUUCCAGCUAGACUCACAUUUCCAGCAGAUUAUCCUCUUGGACCUCCAAAAAUGAAGUUCACCUGUGAAUUAUUCCAUCCAAAUAUAUACCCUGAUGGUCGUGUUUGUAUUUCCAUUUUACAUGCACCUGGGGAUGAUCCAAUGGGGUAUGAGACAAGUGCGGAACGUUGGAGUCCAGUACAGAGUGUGGAGAAGAUUCUUCUAUCAGUUGUCAGUAUGUUAGCUGAACCAAAUGAUGAAAGUGCCGCAAAUGUUGAUGCAGCCAAGAUGUGGCGAGAGGAGAGAGAAAAGUUUGAAGAAAUUGCAAAAAAACAUGUUCGAAAAAGUCUGGGCUUGUGACAUCAAUGGGACUUCUUUAAACUGUUAAAAUCUACUGAGUAAUUGAAAGAAUUUGCAACCUAAAUUGUCAUAAACUUUGAAGAUUGGUUACCAGGUGAUACUGUUGAUCCAGUUACUUAAGGUACCAGUCAGUUCAGGAGAGUGGUUAGGAAUAUUUACUUCUAUAUUGAUCAAGUCUGUUGGUUGAAGUGCUAUAGUUACCACUCUGUCUAAGUGUCUGUGCAUAUCCAUGCACCUUGUUGUUUGGGCCAUAACUUUGAAACUGUUGAAGGGAUUUUGUUAUACAUGUAUAUUUAUAGAAUGACAGAGGACAUUGAGAGGAAAUGCAUGCUUCCUUUUACUGCCUUUAUUUUAUUGUCUGUGUUAUAACUGUGAAAGUGCUGAAUGGAAUUUAUUCAAACAUACAAAUACAAAGAUAGAAGACAUUAAGGCAAAGCACAGUAUACAAGAACAUUAACACUACAUUGCUUACGGUUUGAAUUACAGUUUAGUUCAGGAAUUAAGGCCACAUUGGAGACUGGCAAAAAGUGGGCAUAGCAUUAAGUCACAUAGCAUCAAGCCAGUCUGUCUUUCUAUCAAGAUCAUACCAAGUGUUGUAUCUGAUUUGAAAUAGUGCAGUUGGUUCACCAAAGGCUUUCUAAAACAAAUAACAGAACAAUCAUGUAUAUUUAUGUAUAUGAUACAGUUUAAUCACAAACAUCUUACUAUGGAAAAGUAAUAAAAUGUUGCAUACAGUAAA